AUGGAUGACCCGCGGAAGUCGGCAAGCUGCUGGCGAGUCAAGAGCACAGACCAGCAGAACUCGGUCGACGGUGACGACGAUGUUGAGAGUUCAUCGGAAGUCGGAGAUGAGGCGGAGGAGGAGCUGAGGGAGCUUCGGGUGGAUCAGAUCCGCUGGGCCCAUGACUCGAUCAAGGUUCACUUCCGGAACGGCAUGCUGCUUGUGGAUACAUUGAAGGAUCUGGUGGUACAAAAGCUACAACCUUCGCAGCUGCCUCCCUUCUUCGUCUGGCGGCGAGGGAGUGCGUGGUUCGCCAUCACAGGCAAUCGCCGCCUUUGGGUCCUCAAGGAGCUGUCCAUGAUCACAGGUGCACCGGUAGCGGCGAGGGUCCGGGAACUUGGCACUGGAGCGCACCUCAUGCCCUGGUUUCGGCGCAUGUUCACCACUAGCUGCGAUGGCGCGGCCGUUCAGCUACGGUCAAAGGGGCGUCAUCCCAGCAUGCAGAGGGCCCUGCAAGCCGCGGGGCUUACUGAGACCGGAUUGGAGAUGCUGAUGGCUCGGGAGGUACAGCAAGCAUCAGGUGCACUCUCACUCACAUCGCUCCACCAGAAGCUUCGGGGCCAGUUCCCAGUCGCUGUGCUUGUGCGGUCCCUUUCCGAUCUCUUUUCCCUGAACUCCGAAGGCAUCGUGACCUUCAAGCCGGCGACCCCACAGGGCGAGGCACGGGGCGAACCGUCUGCAUCCAAGACUCUGCCUGCGCAACCUCCGACCAAGAAGCCGCCACCUGAGCCGCCAUUGGAGUUGUGGCGUCAGAAAGCACUGAAAGGGUUGGCUACGCACCAGGCGGUAAGGGUGCAGGAGACUUCGAAAGUGGCAAAAGGACCUGAGGAGGUCCAGGCAGCAGAUCCAUGGGCAAGCGGGCAAGAUCCCUGGAGUCAGAGCAUGGAGCAGACCAAGUCGGUUCCUCUCUCUGGCGAUCAGGCAGCACCGCUUUUGUGGAAAAGCCCACCUUUGGUAAAACAGCCUCCCUCCGAAGAUCCUUGGGCAAGUGGAACGGAUCCCUGGUCAGCAGCAAAGCCGAUCUCCUCUCUGCCGCUUGUGAGUCCACCCCCAGCUCGCCUAUUGGGGCCGACGGGCUAUGCGUCUCCGCCUCCUCCGAAACCGAAGCCACCGCCUCCGCCGGUGCCGAGCUCUUCAGAAGAGUCCGACGCAGUGGUAUCGGAG